ACGGGGGGGAGGAUGUGAGAAACAUGAGGGGGGCGGGGCCGGAGGAGUUUGCUCUCUUUUCUUUGCGACAGGAGCCGCAGAGCGACACCGCCUUCGCCGCCGGCAGGAGCUAACGGCCUAGGAGAGCGUGGUGUCCACGCCGCUGCCGCUGCCGCUCCUACCUCCGCCGCUGCCUCCUCCCCGGCCUCGCAGCCAUGGGCCCCGAGCCGCGGAUGCUUACGCCCUCCCCCAACUGGUACUGCUCCCGCUCCAGCGACGCGGGCCCGGGGGGGCUGUUCGGGUUCGCCGCGAGGAACUCGGUCUACCUGCUCCAGAUCGGCCUGGGCCAGAGUCCCUUCCACGUGCUAGGAGAGUUGGUAGGACAUACAGAAAGGGUUUCUGGCUUCACAUUUUCUCACCAUGUGGGUCAGACCACCUUCUGUGCCAGUAGCUCUGAUGAUGGAACAGUGAAAAUCUGGGAUGUGGACACAAGAACAGCUGUGACAGAACACACACUCCAUCAGAAUACAAUAUCAGCAUUGCAUUGGUCUCCUAAAGUAAAGGAUCUAAUUGUAUCAGGGGAUGAAAAGGGAAUAGUCAUUUGUUAUUGGAAUAACAGAAAUGACAGCCAGCACUUCUUCCCAGAACCCAGGACAAUCUUUUGCAUUACUUGUUCACCUCAUCACGAAGAUUUAGUGGCCAUUGGUUAUAAGGAUGGCAUGGUGGUUGUAAUUGACAUCAGUAGGAAAGGAGAUAUUCUUCACAGGCUGAGAGGUCAUGAUGAUGAAAUUCAUUCUAUCGCAUGGUGUCCAUUACUUGGUGAAGAAUGUUUAACCAUUCGUCCAGAAGAGAACUCAGAUGAACAUGAGAUUCCUAAUGGAAAAGUUGUACAGCAGACCCCAGUAGCAAAAGGCUGCUACUUGGCUACUGGAAGCAAAGAUCAAACAAUACGAAUCUGGAGUUGUUCCAGAGGCCGAGGUGUGAUGACUUUAAAGUUACCCUUUCUGAAGAGACGGGGAGGAGGUGUGGAUCCCACAGUUAAGGAACGGAUUUGGUUGACUAUUUUCUGGCCUACUGGCCAACCCACCCAGCUAGUAUCCAGUUGUUUUGGAGGUGAAUUGCUGCUCUGGGAUCUUACCCACUCAGGGAAACGAAAAUGCACCCUCUUUAGCUCAUCAUCAGAAGGGCAGAAUCACUCAAGAAUUGUAUUUAAUUUGUGUUCAGUCCAGACUGAAGAUAAAGAACUUCUGCUUUCCAUUUCCAUGGAUAGAGAUGUGAAAUGUUGGGACAUGACAACCUUGGAAUGUUGCUGGACACUGCCUUCCCUUGGGGGAUUUGUCUACAGUCUGGCUUUCUCCCCUGUGGACAUGGGCUGUUUAGCCAUAGGUGUUGGAGAUGGCAUGAUACGGGUGUGGAAUACACUAUCCAUAAGAAACAACCACGAUGUAAAAACCUUUUGGCAAGGCAUCAAAUCCAAGGUUACUUCGCUAUCUUGGCAUCCAGCUAAGGAGGGUUGUUUGGCCUUUGGAACUGAUGAUGGAAAAGUGGGAAUGUAUGACACCUAUUCCAACAAACCACCACAAAUUUCUAGUACUUAUCAUAAGAAGACAGUGUACUCUUUGGCCUGGGGACCUCCCGUGCCCCCAAUUUCUCUUGGUGGAGAUGGUGACAGGCCUGCUGUAACUUUAUAUAGUUGUGCAGGAGAAGGGAUCAUCUUGCAACACAAUCCUUGGAAACUCAGUGGGGAGGCCUAUGACAUCAAUAAAGUCAUCAGAGAUACCAAUGCAAUAAAAUACAAACUGCCAGCACACACAGAGAUCAGCUGGAAAGCAGAUGGCAAAAUCAUGGCUCUUGGCAAUGAAGAUGGAUCCAUAGAAGUAUUUCAGGCUCCUAACUUAAAAUUGAUCUGCACUAUUCAGCAACACCACAAGCUAGUGAAUGCCAUUCGAUGGCACCAUGAACAUGGGACUAACCCAGAAUUAAGCUAUCUAAUAGCCUCUGGAUCCAACAAUGCUGUCAUUUAUGUGCAUAACUUGAAGAGUGUGAUAGAGAGCACCCCAGAAUCGCCAGUGACAAUUACUGAACCUUUUCGAACCCUCUCUGGACACACAGCCAAAAUCACUAGUCUGGCUUGGAGCCCUCAUCAUGAUGGUAGAUUGGUAUCUGCUUGCUAUGAUGGCACAGUCCAGGUAUGGGAUGUUCUCAGGGAAGAACCUCUCUGUAAUUACCGAGGACAUCGAGGAAGAUUACUUUGUGUUCAGUGGUCUCCACUGGAUCCAGAUUCAAUCUUUUCAGGGGCAGAUGAUUUCUGUGUGCACAAAUGGCUGAUUUCAAUGCAGGAUCACACCCGGCCCCCUCAAGGCAAAAAAAGUAUUGAGUUAGAAAAAAAAAGGCUCUCUCAGCCUAAACCCAAGAUCAAGAAGAAGAAAAAACUGACAGGGAAAGUAGCAACAAAGCAAGAAGUAAUUGAAUUGGUCAAUGGAGAGGACUGCCCCAAAGACAAUUCUCUACCCAUUGAAAAUGGAGUGUCAGACCAGGAAGGUGAAGAAGAAGUACAAGAGCCAGAGAUUUCCAAUGGCAUGUCUUCAAAUGUUUCCAAAGAGCUACCUUCAUACUCAUCCAUUUCCUCAGGAUUUGAAAAGCCAAAAAUGUCAAUUAAUCCCAAAGUGAUUUUGCCUAAAAAGGAACUACCUAAAGAAAAGCCAGAAGCUCUUGCAAAGAAGAAAAAGGCACGUUCUAUUCUACCUGUCAGCACAGCCUUGGACCACAGGUCCAAAGAGGAGCUCCAUCAGGACUGUUUGGUGCUAGCAACUGUGAAACAUUCCAAAGAGUUAAAUGAGGAUUUGGCUAUUAAUCUAAAUGAGCGGAUUCACUUGGGACUCUUCACAGAUAGGACAGCCCUAUACAGGAUGAUCGAGGUAGAAGGAAAAAGUCAUUUGGAGAAUGGACACCCUGAUUUAUUUCACCAGUUGAUGCUCUGGAAAGGAGAUCUAAAAGGAGUUCUCCAAGCUGCUGCAGAAAGAGGGGAAUUGACUGAUCAGCUGGUAGCUAUGGCACCAGUAGCGGGCUACCAGAUGUGGCUGUGGACAGUGGAAGCCUUUGCUAAACAGCUGUGUUUCCAGGACCAGUAUGUCAAGGCUGCCUCGCACCUCCUUUCUAUCCAUAAGGUGUAUGAAGCUGUGGAACUGCUCAAGUCAAACCACUUCUAUAGGGAAGCCAUUGCAAUUGCCAAGGCCCGGCUACGACCAGAGGACCCAAUACUGAAAGAUCUGUACAGCAGUUGGGGAGCAAUCUUAGAGAGAGAUGGCCAUUAUGCCAUGGCAGCCAAAUGCUACUUAGGGGCUACCUCUGCCUAUGAUGCAGCUAAAGUGCUCGCCAAAAAGGGAGAUGUGGCUUCCCUUAGAACAGCUGCAGAGUUGGCCCUUAUCGCCGAAGAAAAGGAGCUGUCUUCAUCGUUCUCUUUCAGAUGUGCCCAAGAGCUGCUAUCAGUCAGGAACUGGGUGGGAGCUCAGGAAGUCCUCCAGCAACAAGAAUGCCUGCUGGGUCAGCGUUUAGUGUUUUGCCUUCAUGAAUUGCUAUCCAAGCACUUAGAGGAAAGACAGCCACCAGAAUGGAAAAGUUCCUCCUUCCCUUCCUACCACAGCUGGGCUAUCAGAACUGAGAGUUCCUUCAUGGAAAAGGUGACCACUGUAUGGAAGGGCACAUUUGGCUUAGAGACCACUGAACAGUGCCAGACAGCAUUUCAACAGCUACAUGGUAUCGAGUACCCACCUGCCACCGGUCAUACCCUUUCCAAACAGCUCCUGUUCCACAUCUCCCAUGAUCUGACCUUAGCAGUGCUGAGCCAGCAGACCGCCUCCUGGCAUGAAGCUGUCAGAGCUCUUCUUGCAGCUGUAACACGGAGCUAUGACUCGGGGAACUUCACUCUUAUGCAAGAAAUCUGUACUCUCUUUCUUCCUGAAGGCUGUGAUCAUUUAAGAGAAAAACUGGGAGAAGAGCCACCAUUAAAAAGUUUAGAGGCCUUUUUUUCAUAUGGCCAACUCUAUGACCUCUGGUGGAACCUGCCCAGGACUCCUCUCAUUCAAAUACAACAUGUGGCAGAUCCAGUGCCCAUUAUUGGCACUGCUUCUGAUGAUGAGCAAAAUGGUCUGUCUGACACCUCCAGUCCAGAAAUACCUGACCCUGAAGCCCUUACUCAGCUGAACAAUGUUCUUCCUCAAGUAGCCAUACCAAAUAAAGCUUUGGAACAAGACCAAAGCAACACAGAGAAAAAACAGCCUGCACUGAGUGCAUGUGAGGUUCUCAUUUCUCAAAUGCACGCAGAUCUCCAAAGCACCCAGAAAGCUAUUACAGAGGUCCAAGAAACAUUAGCAGAAAUGAUCCGCCAGCAUCAAAGAAAUCAGCUCUGUAAAGCUACAGUGAACAGUACUGAAGAAGGAGAUCCUUCCAUGAAGCCUCAGUUGUGUUCCAAAAAUGCCGAUAGCCAAAGUAAAGAACAAGUAAAUGAACCACUUUCUUUAGCUGAAUUAACAAAACGACUUUCAGAAGCAAAUAAGAGAUUGGCUGGAUUUCCUGAGAGCAUUAAGAUCUUUCCCUUUCCAGAUGUGUUAGAAUGUUGUCUUGUCAUGCUUCAUAUUGGAUCCCAAUGUUCUGGAUAUUUGAGUCUGGAGAUGCAGCAACAAGCCUUAGAACUCCUUCAAAAAUACGGCAAAAGCAAAGUUUACAAAAGUUAUCAGAUUUUCUGCACGUGAAUUUGAAGUCCUUCAACUGAAGACUGUUAUCACACCUAGACUGAAACAUAGGACAUCUUUUCACGUCUGCAGUUUGCUCUUCCCUGGCCUUUAUCCCCGAGCUGUGGAUACUUCUGAAAGACAGUCCAUAAAACAAGGGGCCAGAUGCGCUCAGACUAACUGGUCCAUAAUGGAUCCCCAACUCUGCUUGUGAACUUAAAAAGGACUUUCACCUCAACUAUCAUUUUCUGUUGAGGAAAGAAUAAUGGCAGGUCAACAGUUGUUGCUCAGAAAUCACCCAGCCUUAGCAAUCUCGGUACCCUUUGAAACCUGUAGGUUUUACCCAAAUAGGAAAAACUUGUGUUUUUUUCUAUUGUGAUAAAUGUGUUACAUACGUUCUUAAAUACACAGGCUACCUUUAAGUAAAAUUUUAAACCAUA